UGGUAUUGUUGAUUUUUAUGUGUUUUGCAUUGGAAUAAAAUGCGUAAAAUGAUCUGAGAUUGCAAUUGUUCAUAUAAAAGGCUCAAGUUUUGUAUGAUGGAACUCAUAGAUAUAUAAUUAAAAUAAUGGCACCUAAUCAUGCUUGUUUCACCUGUACCAUUUUAUGUGUGGCAGGUUUAUCUUUCCUCAACCAAAACAAAAGACCAGCUAGAGCACACAACAACUCCACGAUCCACAUCACAUUUACCUAUCUGAUCCACUUUCUCCAAUCUAUAUAUAAACCCAUACAUAUAAUUGUUCUAUCUCACAACUCCAAUACACAAUUAUAUAACAUAAUACAUUUAGAGACUACGUACAAAAAUGGCCAUACCUCAUGUUUUCAACUCAAAGACAGUGACUCUCUACAUAUUAUUCUUAGCCAUCGCCGUUGAAUGUGCCAUCUCAGCUAGAUUAUUCGACGAAGUAGACCCACAACCACAACCCCUGCCUACAACGACUGUCCCAACCAAUGUUCUACCACAGCCUAAUCCCACAGCCCCAACUCUUUUGCCAAGUGGCGAAAUCCCAGCCGUAGCCCCAGCAGUCGCAGCCCCAGUAGAAGAGAUUGCUGACUCACCAAUUCAAGAUGUUGCCACACCUGUUGACGAUUCUGUUGCUGACUCAGCCCAGCCAGCUCAGCCUGCUGUUCCACUUCCAUCCCCACCAAUCGACGUGGCACAACCCAUAGCUGGCCCCACAACCACUAAAACUGGCCCAACAACAACAGAGCAAGGCCCUGUACAAACAGGCCCAACAACAGGGCCUAAUGGGCAUCCAACAAUAUCAUUCUUCAUGCAUGACAUAGUGGGUGGAUCGCACCCGACAGCCCGAGUGGUUACGGGCCUUGUAGCUAACACAAUACAAAACGUCCCAUUCACCAAAGCCAACAACAAUAUCUUCCCAGUCAGCGGUGGGACCCCGUUGACUACAUCCAACAUUAACGGUUUCAUUAACAGUAACCGUAACAAUCUUCCAUUUUUGACGGGACUUAACGGUAAUGACCAAAGCAGCACCGUUAUUCAAAACAGCGGUAACAACAACAUUGUCGAAGGAGGAAGUGACCAGCCAUUUGUCACAGCCGGUCAGCUCCCAGCCGGUGCAUCUCUACAGAAACUUAUGUUUGGAUCGGUGACGGUUAUUGACGAUGUGUUGACGGAGGCACCCGAGUUGGGUUCCGCUGACGUGUUAGGUAGGGCCCAAGGGUUUUAUUUGGCUAGCUCUUUGGAUGGGAACAGCCACACGAUGGUCCUGACGGCGGUGAUUCACGGCGGAGAACACGCGGGUCACGGUCAUGUGACGGAAGACACGAUCAGCUUCUUUGGGGUUCAUCGGACGGCUACGCCAAUUUCGCAUAUCGCAGUGAUUGGUGGAACUGGAAAGUUUGAGAACGCGCAAGGGUAUGCUACGGUGGAGUCGCUUCCACAGGUGGACCAGCACACCACUGACGGUGUGGAUACCAUCAUGCACGUUAAUGUUUAUCUUUCUCUGUAGAGUGCAUGCAGUUAUGUGGUAAUGUGUGUAAUAUAGUUAAUUAUCUGUUUUCUUAAAUUUGAUGUAUGAUGUAAUGUUUCCCAUAAGUAUUUGAAUUUCAAUGAAAAUGAAUCUUUUUACU